UAGGAGACAUGGGGGACAGGAUAAUAGAAACAAUCAACCUCAAUUCAUCAGAGGGUGACAACUGGGCUCUGGAUGUAGACUUUUAUGAUCAGGACAUCUAUGAUAUCCCAGAUCCUGGGGUGCUCAUAGAAAAGAAUGAAUUGGGUCUGUUGGGGGGACCACAGGUCCCACAGCUCUUUACCAAUAGUCAGAGAUGGCGGAGUAUGUCGCUGCAUUCCCGCGCCAGACUGCUGUGGCUACACCUACGUGCAUACCUCCACGACAUUGUGGAAAAGGAGAAGAGAGCAGAGCUGCGGGUUGCUCGCAUGACACAUGGGCUGGAGCCACUGCGUCACCUCGAGGUGGAAGCUGGACUGUGCUCAGUAGCGCAGGAUCCAGUGGGUAAACGCUUCAUGGUAUUAGAUGGUGAAGGUUACCUGCAUCAGCAUACCAAGGAAGGCUGGGAGCAGGCAAAGCUGAAGCCUCCUGUCGUACUUAAUGGGCUAGUGACUGUGCCUGGCCCUCUGGGGGAAAUAGGCCGCUUUGUCGGCUGGGGCCCAGCUGGACUAAGUAUAUUAAAGCAAGACUUCCAACUGCUCUGGCUGAGCAAGCCACGGGCGAACAAGUCACUGGACCAGGAGCCUUUCCGCUGCUUACCAGUGCCCAGCAUGGGUCUAUUGAUUGUGGCCCAGAUGGGUGGCAGCCUGGAGCUCUGGAAGUUCCGUUCAGGUGGUCGCCGUCUGGUGCCCUGUGGCUCACCUCUGAAGCCACCACCGGGCUUGUCUGGCUCCUUCAAGUGUCUGGCCCUAGGGCUAGAACCUGACCACUGCAGUUGGCAUUGCUUUGCGGCCUACGGCUCGGCGGUGCUCACUUUUGAUCUGGACGACUGGGCUCUCAUCAGUGUUAGCCAGGAUCUGCAUAAAACCAUCAUCUCAGAUCUGGAUUACUGCGAGGAGAUAGACGCCAUGGUGACAGCUUCCCGGGAUAGUACUGUGAAAGUGUGGGAGGCCGACUGGCAGAUCCGGAUGGUGUUUGUAGGACACACAGGCCCAGUGACAGCUAUGACAGUGCUCCCAAACAGCGCGCUGGCAGUGUCUGCUUCACAGGACGGGACAAUUCGCACAUGGGACCUGCGGGCCGCAGCUCAGGUGGGAGAGGUAACUCUGGGUUGCUGGACUGAAGACGUAAUCUCUGAGAAGGUGAGCCAUUUGCUGGCUCCUGCAAGUCCUGGCUGGCCGGUGCUCUCUCUCUGCUCAAAAAGCAUAGAGCUGUGGCGCGUGCGUACCCUCUAUUCACCGUUAGCACAGCUCUCCGCUCCAGUGCUCCAUGUACAGGUGGCGCCAGUGCUGCCAGCGCCAACUGAUCCGGCUCUGCCCCCUCGCCUUAUAUGCGCCUGCGCAGAUGGGUCGGUCUACCUGGUGUCAGCUACUACAGGACGAACUGUGAGUUCACUGCUGCUGGAGCCCGAGGACUGUGCAGCUGGGGUGGUUUAUUGUUUGUCUCGAGAAGCGUUGUGGGUGCUAACACGCUCAGGGCACCUAGUGCGCGCCAAUGCCGCACGCUGCCCGAUGGUGGUGGUACACCGCCUGCGUCCACCUCCACCCCCAGCGCCACAGCCCUGCUGCCUGCACCUCUACAGCCAUCUUACAGAUCCGCGUACUGCAUUCGCUUGCUGGGAGAUUGUGCGCCAGAAUCAGGGUGACAUGCUCCGCAGUGCCAUUGCCUGGGCCUGGAAAAAUAAGAACAGGUUUCUUCCAGUGGUGGGGCACUCAGAUGGCACACUGUCUGUGUUGGAUUGGCGCACAUCAGUGACAAUCUUUCAUACAGAAGCACACGGCCCAGGACCAGUGACUGCUAUGGGGUCCACGUGGAGCAGUAUAGUGACUUCCGGUGGAGAUCUGACGGUUAAGAUGUGGCGUGUGUUCCCGUACGCUGAGGAAUGCCUGAGCCUGCUCCGGACCUUUUCCUGUUGCCACCCGGUGGUGAUGCUCUGUGUCCUGGGGAAGCGCAUCACUGUCGGCUUUGAGGAUCCAGAGAGUGCCACCUACGGCCUGGUGCAGUUUGGCCUGGGUGACAAAAUGCGUUAUGACCACCGGCCACAGGAUGACCCGAUGGACCACAUCACUGGCCUGUGCUGCUGCCCCACCCUUAAGAUAUAUGCCUGCUCCAGCCUGGAUUGCACCAUCCGAAUUUGGACCAGGGAGAACCACCUGCUGCGGCUCCUGCAGCUCGACGGCCCUCCUCAGGCCCUGGCCUUCUCCAGCAACAAUGGAGACCUGGUCUUCUCACUGGGCUCCCGCCUCCACAUGGUGUCCUAUAAGACCUACUUACCUACAUCCUAUCUAGUUAAGAAACUGUGUCUGAAGACCCCGGAUGUGAUAAAUGACCCUCCUCUGCCACUCGCCAGCAAGAAGCCACUGACCCCCAGCCAGCUGCAGAGGCUUGCCAAUCUCCACGGGGCAGCCAGCCUCAGCAUGCCCUUGCCCUUCGGCUAUUACCAGACGUCAGAGCCUCGGCAGUCAGUGUUGAAAGAGGACUUGGAGGAGAUCAUAGCCCGGGAUCAAGACCUUCAAGAACUGAGGCAAGGACUGGUGGUCCCAGCAACUCGGCCCCCACUCUCCUUCAAGCUGCGCCAGGAAGCCUUUGACAAUUACUUACAUCUGAUCUAUGGGUCUGACCUGAUGGACAUAAAGUCUGAAAGGGAGUCCCUGCAGUGGGGCACUUCAGGCCCCACCACAGAGAAGGAGUCACCAGACACAGAGGUCCAGCCUGGAACUACCAUCAUUGUUGGCCAGGCUCCAUUUAGCAAUGAUAUGUGCCCACUGGCAGCCCUCCAAGCCCCAGGAGCCCCAGGAAGGCGCUUUGCCCGCACUCCUCGAGUCCCCUUGCCCAUUCCACCCACCUUCCGGAGGGUGCAUAGCCGAGCAUCCCAGCUUCUAGCACGUUCCUCUCUGAGCUAUGAGCUGGGCCUCGGCUUAGAUCUCCAGGUGCAGUGGGAUCAGUUUGGAGUUAAGAUCGUGGACCUAGACUCAUCAACGGACUACACGCAGAAUAGGGUUCCACUGUUGCUGCAAAGAAGGCCCUCGGAGCCUCUCUCAAAGCUCAUGGGCUUCUUUCCUGCCACCAUAAAGCCCCACAGGGUACAAUCUCGGCCCAUCAAGUUUCCUGGCUGUGUGCCCAACUCCGUGGUACUGCGGCAAAUGUGGUUACAAGCGGAAGUCUGCUGUCUCGGUUCCCUAGCAGAGCUUUCUAGCCACAGCAGAGUCAAGUCAUCUGGAAGCGAAGAUGACCUGUGGUCAAAACGCCGAAAGUAUUCUAGCAAGUGGCGAAGUAAACUGUUCAGUUUGCUCCGGCUGUCAAGGAAGAAAGGGGGAGAUGAUGAGGAAGAGGAGGAAAGUGAGGAAGAGCAGCUGGAGAUAGAAUGGGCCUCCUCUUCCCGAACUUCUGUGGAGCCAGACCACUGGGAACCAGACACAGAAAGCGCCACAGAUUUGAUCUCAAAACUUUGCAAUGAAGCCGCUAAGACUAAGGGCUCCCCUCGUCCCAGACAACUUGGACGCUCGCUCUUGGAAGAACGCUAUGGCCAUUUGCCUAGAUUCCUGCAUUAUUUUGUGGUCCAGAACUGGUUCAAAAAACUGUUCCCUAUCUUUACUCUGGAGGCCUAUCCAGAGAUGGGCACAAUAGAGGGCUUGGCCUCGAUGUUUUUGGACUUCCUGUUACAAGCUUCCUGGGCAGACCGAGUGAACAUUCUAAAUGCCCUGCUGAGAUUGCUGCCUGACGUAACGGGUAACCUCCGAAGCCGGCUGCAGGCCAAGCUCCUAUAUUUGCUCAACCAAGAUGAUCCGCCCAAGCUCCAGGACAAGACCCAGAAGGAGUUUGUGAUGCUGGCGCUGCAGCUGCUCCUGGCCUGUAGCCUGGAUGUCCUUGAUGUGGUGCUGGAGAUCAUCUCCUACUACCUGUACUCCCCUGUCAGCUGCCGACAAGAGCUCAAGAAGUUGCUGGAGGGGAUGGGUCUCCAUGACCCAGAUGGCAUACUGUUCAAGGAAAUUAUGACCUGGGUUGAGGACUUGAAACUUGAAUCCAAGGCCACGAUACGCACCCAGUGUCAACAGAAGCUUGAAGAUAUUUUUCUCCAGGGAAGCACCUUGGAGCCGUCCGCAGUCAGUGUUUUUGUGGAGCCUUCCAGGCAGGCCUCACAAACCUCCCUCAUUUCUGGGGGAACUUUGCCUGCCACGAGUACCUCCUGGACCUUCUCACGAGCAUCAGAAAUGUCCAUGCAUUUUCAUGAGUCACUGAUUUCACCGGUGCCUUCACCUGUGGAGCCUUUGGAGUCCAUGGAUCAGGUGGAGUCCAUGGUAUCCAUCCCAGAACUCCAUGCAGCAAGCACACAUGCACAUUUGCGUAUCCAGAAAACCAAAAAGGCACUUGCCGAUAUGCUGCAGACCUUCUGUCUGGAGGACUCCGAGUACGCGACUCUGGCUGAUGUACGAAGAAGAGAGUCACCGCUGGCGCAGACAGUAUGGGCACGCUCUCAGAUAGUAGACCUGUUUCAUAUGGACAUGCUUAAUCUCUUCUGUGAGAAGCUGCGGGUUCAGCAACAGAGAUCAGUGGUGGAGCAGCUGGAGGAGGAGAGGUUGGAAGAGGAAGAGAACGAGGAGGAGGAGGAGGAAGAGGAUAAGGAGCACUUACCUGCCUUACUCAGAGGCCAGCUAAGGCCCAACGUAGUGUUGCGGCCGCAUCGGGACCGCUGGCUCUAUCCAAUCCUCCGUCUGCAAGAGGCCAAGGCACAAGACUUUGGUGUGUUUCUCAGGAGUCACAAGAUGCGGAGCAAGGAGCUGACUCGUGAUGGUUCUCUCCGAGUGCUGAAGCUGCCGUUGCCACGAGUGGACUUGCAACCCUUUCCCCCAGGCUGGCCUGCACCCCCUCGGGCACUGCCCCCUCUCCUCCUUCAGCCUUCACUUCAACGAUACUUUCUGUUCAAAGAUACAGACCCUAAUGCCUACAUAUAGCCAAGGUUCCAUGGCCAAGACCUAGUCUACCACCUUGGCAAAUCACAAUACCAUGCUUUGCCUAAAUUAAGAAAUAUAUAGGGGGGAGGAAUAAAAUAUGGAGUGUAAAAAUAUAAAUACAAAUAAAUAAAAAAGAAAUAUAUAAACACACACACACAUAUUUACUAAUUGUCUUAGUCAGGGUUUCUAUUCCUGCACAAACAUCAUGACCAAGAAGCAAGUUGGGGAAGAAAGGGUUUAUUCAGCUUACACUUCCACACUGCUGUUCAUCACCAAAGGAAGUCAGGACUGGAACUCAAGUAGGUCAGGAAGCAGGAGCUGAUGCAGAGGCCAUGGAGGGAUGGUUCUUACUGGCUUGCUUCCCCUGGCUUGCUCAGCUUGCUCUCUUAUAGAACCCAAGAACACCAGCCCAGGGAUGGCACCACCCACAAUGGGCCCUCCCACCUUGAUCACUAAUUGAGAAAAUACCUUACAGCUGAUCUCAUGGAGGCACUUCCCCAACUGAAGCUCCUUUCUCUGUGGUAACUCCAGCCUGUGUCAAGUUGACACACAAAACCAGCCAGUACACUUAUAUAUAUAUACUGUUCAUUUGUGUGCAAGUACGUGUGUGAGCAUGCUUGUGGAGGCCAAAAAUUGAUGUCAAGUGUACAUUGUUCUACCUAU